UCAUUUGUUCAAAUGAUGGUCCAAUUGUUUUUUAUAUGUUUGGUGUAUGCAGUUGGAGCUGAUUGUGAUGGUGAUAAGAUUGAACUUCUUCUUUCUCAAGUCGAGGGUAAGGAUAUAACAGAGCUUAUUGCUUCUGGUCGGGAGAAGUUGGCAUCAGUGCCUUCCGGUGGUGGUGUUGCUGUUGGUACUGCUGCCUCAGCUGCAGCUAAGACAAAGAAGGAGGAAAAAGUGGAGGAGAAAGAGGAGUCAGAUGGUAAUCGAUCGACGGUUGAAAUAGAAAGGAUGAAAAAUAUGAGCGAGACAAGGGAAGUGCCUCGGAGAGAGAGUCCCUGGGGAAUAUCAGAAGGACAACAUCGUCAACCAAAGGCACACAGAUGCAAUGAUCGUGCUGAGGAUGUUAUCCAAGCUUGCUUUGAGGGAAAUCCAUUUAAAACAGUUCCAGGACCUUUUAAGCUCUUUUGGCAAUGCAUGCGCUCCAAACCUGGGGAGGAACCAACAGAGCCUUACACUUAUUUGCAGAUAGAACCCCCAAAGAGAGGUGAAGCUUGAGUGAGAUAACUUAUCACAGUGCUAGCAUUAUUUUAAGCAAUAUUCAUAAGUUUGCUAAUGUUGUUCAUUAAAUUUUAUCAAAGCAUGUGGACAUGACAACUAAUCAUUUUAAAAUCUAUUGUAUGUGGAUGUUCCUUCUUUAUUUUUUAUUUCACUAUAAUAGUAAAUAAUAAUUAUUUGAUUA